GAUCUCGUCUUUACUCCGCUCCUUCCAGCACCUUCUCUGGCGUUCGCAGCGAGAGGAGGACGGCAGCGGCCGCGUUUGCGUAUCUUCUUCCCCAUCCCCCGCUCUCCAUAAAUAGCGCCGGCGUGUGUAGGGACCGCGGCAUCGCCUGCUACUGCUACUGCUACUGCCACCUGUGUUUCCACCGAGAUUCAGUUGGCACAGUCGCGCGGUGCGUUUGAAUCCAAGAACCGGCGGAGUUGGGCCGCGAGAUGCAGACCAUGGCGGCGACGGCGGCGUCCUCCUCUUCCUCUUCCGUUUCUAGAGGCUGGGCGGCGGUGCGCCGGUGCCCCUCUCCUUCCCUGGCCUUGCGGCACGCGGCGUUCUCCUCCUCCGCCUCUUGCUGCCGGGUGGCGGGCGCCGGCGCGCCCGUGCUGCCACUUGGCAUUCGCGGCGGCCGCCUGCUGCUCCCAUGCCCCUUGCUCCCCGAAGGCGGCAAGAACGGCCCCUCGACGAGAAGGAUGACAGCGGCCGCGGCGGCGGCGGCGGCGUCGCCGUCUGCCGAGGGAGGCGGGAAGCCUGCCAUUCCGCGGACUGUGCAGCUCGGCGCCAUGAUCCUCGUCUGGUACCUCCUCAACAUCUACUUCAACAUCUACAACAAGCUGAUUCUGAAAGCGGUGCCCUUCCCUUACACCAUCACCACCUUCCAGUUCGCAUCCGGCUCCUUCUUCAUCACUCUCAUGUGGCUGCUGAAUCUGCAUCCCAAGCCAAGGCUCUCCCUUCAACAGUACGCAAAGAUCCUACCUUUGGCAAUUAUACACGUGAUGGGCAAUGCAUUCACCAACAUGAGUCUGGGCAAGGUAGCCGUCUCCUUCACGCACACCAUCAAGGCCAUGGAGCCCUUCUUCUCUGUUCUACUCUCCGCGCUGUUUCUCGGGCAGGCACCUUCUUUACUGAUAUUAGGUUCUCUCGUGCCGGUUGUCGGUGGAGUUGUACUGGCAUCUAUGACUGAAGUGUCUUUUAACUGGAUAGGAUUUUGGAGCGCCAUGGCUUCCAAUGUUACAAAUCAAUCACGAAAUGUUUUCAGCAAGAAACUUCUUGCUGACAAAGAGGAAACACUGGACGACAUAAAUCUCUUUUCAAUUAUGACUGUCAUGUCAUUUUUGUUGUCAGUCCCAUUAAUGCUAUAUGUAGAGGGCAUCAAGUUUAGUCCAUCUUACCUACAGAGUACUGGUGUAAAUCUUCAAGAACUAUGCUUGAAAGCGGCAAUUGCUGGUACUUGCUUCCAUUUUUACCAACAGGUUUCAUAUAGUUUAUUGGCCAGAAUAUCCCCUGUGACCCAUUCUGUUGCGAACUCUGUCAAACGGGUGGCUGUCAUCGUGUCGUCAGUUAUCUUCUUCAGAACUCCUAUUUCACCUAUAAAUGCCUUUGGAACUGCUUUGGCUCUAGUCGGAGUUUUCCUGUACUCUCAAUUAAAGAAAGCAAAACCAAAGACAAAGACUGCAUAAAGAUAGCUUACAUAAAAUAAAAUUAACUGCAGAAGGAUCAGGAUCAGGAUCAGGAUCAGGAUCAGGAUUAGGGGAAAUGGACUGCUUUAACUGGUAGCAUACACUUGGCUUUCCCCAGUUUACCUCCACCAUGUUCAAUCAUCUUCUUAUUUGGCUGUUACUACCUUGUAUAGAAGAUUUUUCUGAAGGUUGUGGUGGAGCAACAAAGACAUAGCAUUGUCAAAACAUUUUACAAUUGAACAAUAAUUUUGGCAUA